AUGCGACAUUUGACGGCGGCGAAAUUCGAAGUCUGUUGGGAACGGAGCGAUCACGAUAACCCGCGCAACUGGUCAGUCGCAUACAGAAGCUUCAUGGUUGGGGCGAUGUCGAUAUCGAGUGCCUGCGUAAUCUCCUAUUCCACAUCAUAUACCCCCGGGAUCCCAGGAAUUAAGAAAUCCUUCGGCAUCUCGUCGGAUACGCUUGUAUCGCUUGGAUUGACUACCUAUAUGCUCGGUCUGGCGCUUGAGUGUCUUGUGUUUGCCUCCUUGUCGGAGCUGUAUGGUCGUCGGCCGGUGUACUUGGUGACUAUCGUCGCCUUCGCCUGCUCGGUGAUACCCGUGGCUCUCGCUCGGGAUAUACAGACCAUCCUCGUCGGCAAGGCACUCGGGGGCUUCUUUGGUAGUGCCACUAUUGCGGGUGGGCCGGGCACGAUUAAUGAUGUGACCAACAGGAAGUAUCGAGCGUUGGCUUUCAGUCUUUAUAGUCUCGGGGCGAUGAAUGGUCCUGUCAUUGAUGCAGGCCCCAUAGUCGGCGGAUUCGUCUACCAGCAUCUCGGCUGGCGCUGGAUCAACUGGAUCGUACUCUGCUGGGCAGGUAUAUCAGCCGUGGUCCUGUUCUUCUCCCGAGAGACAUACGAGCCUGCGAUCCUGCGAACAAGAACCAGAAAGAGGCGCGAGCGCACUGGGGACUUCCGGUGGUGGUGUCGAUACGAUAGCACCAAGGUGGGAUGGAUCUCAUGCGAAGCCAUCUGCCUGUUCUGGAACCUCUACGUCGGUGUCGUGUACGCCACGCUAUUCCUCUGCUUCGUCGGCUACCCGCUCGCCUUCCGCGAUUCUCGCGGCUGGUCCCCAGGCAUCGCAGGACUAGGCUACUGCGGCAUCGGCGCGGGGGUCAUCCUCGCCGUCCUGAGCGACCCGCUCAUCAUCCGCCGCAUGAUCACCAGCCACCCGCGCGACCCCUGCACUGGCCAACUCCCGCCCGAGGCCUGUGUCAGCGCCGUCUGCCUCGGAGCCAUCCUCAGCCCCAUCGGCGAAUUCUGGUUCUCCUGGACAACAGCAGCAGCAGCAGGCCAACCACCGAACAGCACGACGACGCACUGGGCCUUUCCGAUCCUAGCUGGCGUCCCGUUCGGCAUGGGCAACACCCUCAUCUUCAUCUACUCGGCGCACUACCUGGCAGGGAGCUACCCGAUCUACGCUGCUUCGGCGGUCGCAGGCAACGCGAUGAUGCGGUAUAGUUUCGGCGGUGCGCUUCCGCUGGCGGGCCAGCGGCUGUACGAUAGCUUGGGGAUCGCGUGGACGGGCACGCUGCUGGGGCUGGUGGAGGUGGCGCUGAUUCCGAUUCCGAUCGUUUUCUAUCGGUAUGGGUGGUGGAUUCGACGGCGGAGUGUGAGGUCUAGACGGGUCAACUCAACGCAACGCAACUCAACCCAACCUAACUCACAAAGAAAAAGAUCAGUAUCCUCACCAACCAAUUCAUCCAACCUGAAACACAAAACACAAAACACACUGUCUACCCAUGAUCCCAGCGUAUCAACCUACCUAGAUAGUAAGGAAUAG